AAAUCGUUUCGAGUUUUAACAGAUUUUUUCGAGUUUUAUGAUAUUUUAAAGUUUUCUUUUUCGAAUAAAGAAUAAAAUUCUACCCAGUUAUCACAAAGCCGCGCACGAUGGUCCACCGCGAAUCUGUUCACAGCGAGGACCGGGACAUCCUGCUCAUUUGUGAACCGGUUUCGCUAGACUGCGACAGCAACGUGGAUUUGACCUCGAAAGGGGAACCAUUGUCGGUGGUUCCAGACUUGGAGCAGUACAGAAACCCGUUCGAACCGGACAUUCACUGGGAGCUGCGCCGGAAGUUUUUGGAGCAUCACCGGAACAAGCUGGCGGAGGACGAGCUGGUCUCGCUUUCGCAGGCCUUCGUCAACGUAGAGAUUUGGGGGGCCGUUUACUGCGAGGAGCUGAUGGCGAGGGUAGCAUUGUUGGGUGGGACGCUGGCGGAGGAGUUUAGGAAUCGGAAACGGCAGAUGACGCAACGGAUAACGGUUCCGGCGUCGCAGGCUGCCGUCGAUUGGGUGCACCAGGUUUCGGAAGGUCAACGGCGCGCAGAACGGAGGCUGCAAGCAGCCGAAAUGCUAAAUCCGGUGUUUCCCGUGACGACCGUGGCGGACGUGUUCCGGAACUUUGUCCUCGUGGAGGACAACCUGGAGGACAGCAAGCUGCACUAUGAGGCGCUCAACGGCGGUGGGUUCGUGUACGAUGUGCGCGCAACCGCGGAUCCGAAGCAGUUUGAGGCGACCAUCACGGCGUCCGGGUUGCGGCUGUCGCGAGUCGUUGGGACGGUGCGGAAGGCCAAGCAGAGGUGCAGGGAGGAGGUGUUGCGGUUGGUGCGGCAAAAGUGCUACAAGAUUAGGACCAACCCGAACCGCUGCUGGUACAGCUGCAACGUGGAACGACUGCCCUCGGAACAGAACGUCGAUUGCGACGGAAACCCGUUUGCCAGUCGCUGGCAGGCCCCGCCCAAACCGUUUCAGUCCAAGGACCAGCUCAAGGAGGACAACGUCGGCUAUCGAAUGCUGAAGAAGCUCGGCUGGGGCGGAGGACCGCUCGGCAAGCACAAAAUCGGCAUCGUGGACCCGAUCGAGGUGCAGGCAAAGCGAGGCCGCCGCGGGCUCGGGCUUCCGCAGCCAACACCGGCCCCAUCGAUUUUGUCACUCUCCGAGACGAGCAACUUCCCGCUGGCCCUGAAUUAUCACCAACCGACGCCGGUGCUGGAUUUGGGCACGAUUCCGUUUCAAAUCGAUGUGAAUUUCUAUAAAGAUUUGAUUCGAAACUUUAAAGCGCGCCAAAUCGGGUACGAUCUGAUCUUUUCGCCGGAAUUUACCGACCUCGAGCGGACGCUACUGUUCAAACUCGCGUCCGAGCAGAACGUGGCGGCCGGGACCGUCUCGUACGAUUACGAACACUACCAGUUUAUGCUGCCGCGGCAUCGCGUUCCGCCGCACGAGCUGCUGGUGAAGAUUCUGGUCGAAAAACACCCAGUUUAUUGCUCACUGUACACGGUGGAACCGCCGGAGGUGGGCGAGGAUGGCCGCGAGCGGCACAAUAAAGUGCUGGAGCUGUGCUCUAGAUAAAAUUUUGA